AUGGUGUUUUCAAAGAAGGCAGUUAAAUAUGCUCAAGGCAAUCCAUUAGCCAUUAAAGUUUUGGGUUCCAAUUUAUAUAGUAGAAGUGUGAAAGAAUGGGCAGAUGAAUUAGAAAAAUUGGAAGGUACAUCUGAUGAAAAAGUUCACAGAAUAUUGAGACUAAGUUAUGAUGCUCUAUCUGCACAUGACAAGGAAAUUUUUCUUGACAUAGUGUGCUUCUUCGAAGGGGAAGAUAAAGUUCGUGUUGAAAAUGUACUGGGUACCCCUGGCUCAAUAAUUGGAAUCAGUCGUCUAGCUGAUAUGUCUCUUAUUUCUAUUGCAAAUAACAAGUUACAUAUUCAUGACUUGCUGCAACAAAUGGGCAAGGAUAUUACUUGCAAGGAAAAACAGAUUGGACAACGUAGCAGACUGUGGCAUCCUAAGGAUAUAUAUUACCUGUUGACAAGAGCUGAGGGGACUGGAGCAAAUAAAGGUAUAUCGCUGGACAUGUCCAAUAUCAGAGAGUUGGAACUAAGUCCUACGGUCUUUGAGAGAACGUACAAUCUCAAGUUUCUCAAGUUCUACUGUUCAGUACUCAGUCAAAACAGAGUAAACUUCUCGGAAGGACUCAAAUUUCUUCCAGAUGAGCUAAGGUUACUGCACUGGUAUCAAUACCCUUUGAAAUAUGUGCCAUUGAGUUCAUGUGCUGAGAAUCUUGUUGAUCUUUGCUUGACUAAUAGCAAAAUUAGGGAACUUUGGAAUGGAGUUCAGGCAGUCUUCUAUACUUCUUCAUAUACUUUCAAAGUGUCUUCAAUUUGGUCCAUCUCCCUAACAUGCAUAUCUUCACAUUUUCAUGACAGCAUCUUGGAAAUUUGA